AUGAUGCAAGUCAAACUGAAGCAUUUUGACGAGGGACAGUCAUGGACGGAGAAGAGGAACUCCACUGCUGCCGCUGCUGCCGCUGCUGCCGGUGCUUCGGCACCUGGAGGAGGGAACAGCGGGAUGCCGAAAAGUUUUUCAGUUUGCACAGUGGACGCCGCCAACGCCUCCUCGUCUGCUGCUGAUGCCGAGGCGCUGGGCCGUAUACUCUCUGGGUCAUCGCCUUCGUUUGUUUUCAUUCACAAUUGCAAUGCCGCGACGAGAAGACAGCUUAUGCAACUGUCAUCGGUGAGGAAGUUCUACGGAAUCACGGACAACAUUCGGUAUGAGCCGCGUGAGCCGACCGAAAGGGGAACUGUCACCCUAGUUCGGAUUGGCAUGACCUGUGAAAGUGUUGAAAAUGUGACUAAGGAGCUGGAGAUCAGCAACAACACGAAUGGUGAGAGCGAAGGAAGCACAAGUCACAGCAGUGUUGCCAGCGCUGUGAAGCUGUUCAUGACACUGCAAGUGCGCUCCUUUCCCGGGGCUUCGGUGACCGUCGGCAUGUUGUACAUGGAUCCGGGGGCGCAACCAUGGGUCCGCACGGCAGCGCUUAGCAGCAUAAUUCCGUUACUUGGAAGCGCGGAGGUGAUCGUUAUUUGUGCGAAUCUUCUUACCUCUACCACCACUCUGAACGAGGAAAUAUGUGCUGCAUGUAACUCAUACGGGUUCGCUGACGCUACAGAGGACGCUGUGGAGAAACCUGUCAGUCCUGGAAGCAGCGCUUCUCAUCGGGACUGGGGUCUUUGGGUAAAAUCGUCGAAGUUGUGUGUGACAAGCUGUGCGCCAAGUUUCCAUGAAGGGGAGAGGUGUGUGUUCACGUCAUUGAUGGCAGUCGUUGGGCCCCGUAGCCCUGCGGGAAUUGCAAUUCCACAGCCCCGUAGCGCAAAGUCUGCCAAUCCGCGGGGCUCGCCUUGGUCGCCUGCCGCUCCUCCAGUAAUAACCGACCCGGCCAUUCUUAGCGCGGAGGCUGGGAGCCGUACGGGUUCGGUGCAGGCGAUAAAAGGUGGGGGUUCAGCAAUUAUUGAACGCCUGCUGCAACAGCAGCAACAACAACAACAGCAGUUUACUACUCGUUGGCGUGCUUCUUCCACUUGCCCCAUCAAAAAUAAUGACAAACUCACUCGUGAGGAGCAGGCGUUCGACGUUUCCUCUCAUUUCACAUCAAUUCAGGAGGCGGUGGAUGCGCUCAACUCCAAAACAAUUCACUGGCCAGCUGAUUUUUGUGUAGUGUGUGAUACCAUAUUAUUCAGUGACGCGGUGGGACAAGGCGACAAACGUACAGCGUUCCGUCGGUACGCAAAGGAGUACAAGAACAGCUCAACGUUGCUAGCGCAGAUGAUUGUAGCUUCGGGUGCUGCAAACAAUCCAACUACCAACGCCACGGCAGAGAAGAGCGCGUGGUUGAAGCGCGCUCUGGCAACACAAAACCACAAGUCGGCGGACCGCGAGGAGAAGGCCGGCAGCGUGUCUACCGGGCCUGCGGUAAAGCGCGAGGAGGAGCACCGUGUUCGAGUUUGGGAUGCGGCAUGGUGUACGGUUGUGUAUCAGGUAACUCCGCGUGAGAUGAAGUUUAAUGUCACUCACCUGGUUGGUCUUGGAAAGGACAACCUUGCGGAGGCCAUUCAAUUCCUGAACGCACGCGCUCUGCCAAAGGGAGGGAAGGCGGCGAACGGUCGAGAGAAUCCUCUGCAGAAUUACCCGUACGACUACGCCCUUCUCUUCUCUUGGGAACUCCAGGGGUUUUGGCUCAUCGCUGCCACCGAUGUACCAUGCGAUAUUGUGGCAUGUCGAGCUGCCGCAUGA